CUGCGUUUGCUCUUUCCCCGGCUUCCUCCUCCAUCUCCUCCUUUCCCUUCUUGCGGAGCAAGGCUGCCCGUGUGCAUUUACAUGUUCCGACAGGCGAGACAGUGGACCGCAGGCUGAGCAGAUGCCUUGGCAUUUGGUCGCUCGGAAGGCUUUGACCUUCUGGAGCUGAGCGAUCAUCGCUACCACUGCCAUCAUCACCAUUACCAUCCGCACUCGUUUUGGCUCAAGCGUGUGCGUCGGCUAGAACGGUAAGUGUUCCAACUGCGCCCUCUCAUCAUGGUCUGCAGCCGCACCGCCGACACUACUGUGGGAUCGGCCCUUGACCUUGAGAUCCGGCAGCGGAUCGACCGCACGUUCUCGCAGGGUGGCGAAUCUGCGCGCAGUGUCGCAUUGACCUACCUGUCGAGCAAGCGCCUCGAUGGCAUCCCAAUCGCGCAACAGGUGGGCGAGAAGAGGUUCGUUUACCUUGACAGCAACGGGAACCGGUUAACGAAGGAGGAGGCCAUGGCACUGGCCGGCGGUGUCGCGUACUACCCAGAAGCUGCAGAUCCUUCAAAAGGUCGGCUUCGGCGCCAUGGAGCUUUUGUGAGCGAGCUCGAUGCUCGCACCAUCGUCGAGUCGAGCAAGCGCCUUGAUGGCAUCCCAAUCGCGAAAAAGGUGGGUGAGAAGAGGUUCGUCUACCUUGACAGCAACGGGAACCGGUUAACGAAGGAGGAGGCCAUGGCACUGGCCGGCGGUGUCGCGUACUAUUCAGAAGCUGCAGAUCCUUCAAAGGGUCGGCUUCGGCGCCAUGGAGGUUUUGUGAGCGAGCUCGACGCUCGAACAAUCGUCGAGGUGUCCAGGGCGGGCAUCGAUGUUGCCAGCAUCCGUGAUCUCGAUAGGUUCGAUGGGAACUCGCACAGUGUCGAGGAAGACAUGGAAGAGCCCCAGAAGGACAAGGCCAAAACAGUGGCGCUGACCGAGAAGAUCGGAAACGCCAAACUUCUGUCGCGGCUGUUUCUUCUCGUUCUGUUAGGUGCUAUUUCUUCAUCGCUGUGGCCAGCGGGGAAGCGCGAAGUGGUCCUGUCCACUCCAGGUGGUAAUGUGGAUGGCCGUUCGGCUGUCAGCCCAGAGAUGGCGGCAUUGUUAAACGCGGAUCGCAUGGCCACCGUGGCCAUACGUGAGGUCUUGUCAGAGGCUCUGCUGGACGUGCCGGCGACAAAAGACAGCUCCUCUCUUGAGGAGCGAAGGCGGCGGGCGGCAGUGGAGGUCGAUCGCAUCCUCUCCUCUCGCAGUGAGAGGGACAUCCUCGGACCUGGGCCGGCGACCCACCAGCGGCAGGAGUUCCAGCGCAUCGUUCUCCUUUUGCAUCCGGACAAGGGCCUGGUGUCUGCCAGCGACGGUCGCGCGGCCGAUGCCCUGAGGCUAGCCUUCGCCGCUCGGCGUCGGCGCAGCGUCACGGCGAACAGCUAGAUGAUGUAGAACCCACGUGUCGCAAGGCAGUUCGUGCCAUCGGCCGCAUUUGCUGAUGCAAUGUGGUGCACACCCCUUCACGGGGGACACGGCUGGACGAGCCCUCCAUCUCGUUCCUUCGGGGGUCGAAUGCAUUUCGAGCUUGCCAUCGGGGAGGACAGAGGGGUCGCGCGCGGUUCCCCCUCCACCUUGGCGCCCCCCUUCUCCUCCUCCUCCUCCUGGAUUCUGCUCCUGGUCCUCCUUGUCCUGGUGCUCCUCGCCCGCCUCCUCGCCUCCUCGGCUUCUGGUGCACUCCAUGCCCUCCGAGCUCGAGCUCGCGCGCGUUUCCUCCGAGUCGCGAGCCUCGAUCCCCGAGGGGUUGGUGGACGAGCGAUCAUCUCCCGCGCCAGUGCUGGAAUGAUCGGCGAAUGCUUCACCGACGGGUGAUUGCCCAUUUGACUUCUUCCUUUUGUCGCGCUAGCAGGUGGCGCCUGGGGUCUGUGCGGGAAACUGCGCAGCCUCGCGACGCGAUUGGGUCAUUGUACGCAGCAGGCUCUUUGUACAGUCGAGCGAUGAUGUGGACGCGACGCGAUGAUGUGGACGCAGCAGGCUUUUUGUACAGUCGAGCAUGUCUGCAGUCUGGCACGAUGCGUGAUCCGUCUUCGGCGCCACCAUCAUCACC